CCCUCGGACACAUUUCUAACCGGCAUGCAUCUCGCGGUGAUCACCGGUGAUCGGUUCUGCGCAGAAUUUGCUCAUCUCAAACAAGCCUAUUUUUUUUCCCCAAACCAGUUAAGCGCAAACCACGCCCCUUUACGUUAAAACCCCAACCCGCAGCCUUGACUCACGUCUCUAGCUCGAUUUCAUUGGUCAACACUGUUACAUUGUCACCUGAGGCGAUAAUGAAGGCCGUUGAUGAAUCCGUCGCUGACAAACGGGGAGUACGUCUGUUCUGGCUGUGAUGAAGAGCAAGCCGUACAUCUUAAGAACUGGUUACCUCCUGGGUAUAACUAUCACUUCUGCGCCUAUCGUUCAUGCACUACACAAUCAAAGUUGGACCACACAAGCUUUGAUGCGUCGCUCAGAAUUGCACUAACAGAAAGUUGUGAAGUAAAGGAAUGGGUGAAAAAGCUUAGUGAGUCAUCAGGAGUGAGUUGGAGAGUGGCAGUGACGAAACCAAGAAAGGGACAACGUGUGCUUUAUAAGGCUCAUUAUAGGUGCCAGCACAAUGUUUGUGUUCGAUCAGGCACGGCUAAUCAAAGACGGUUGUCAAAAAAUACAUGCUGUGAGGCAAAAAUGGUUUGCACUCUGGUGAAGGCUGUAGACAAAAGGGGAGGAUCUAGUAGGCACUGAGACACAGGGAUGUAGGGGCCAAGGCAAUAGAGUCCCUGACGCAGUUGUUUGAGAUCGGGCACAGCCCAACAUCAGCUCUGGCUGUACUUAAAAGUGACCUGCUGGCUGAGCAUGGCAACAACUAUGUAUAUGUCUCAGCCAACCGUGCCCUUUGCCCAGACCUUCAGUUUUGCUACAGCCUCAGUUUCUCUUGACUUCCUGAAACCUUUACGGCAAAAUAUGCCUAAGCCAAGCACGUUAGCUGUAGACAUGCCUCCGAGGCAAGAAACCUGCAAUACUGAUCAUCAGUACCAUCUCAGUGCUCAAGAUGACGACUUGCAUCAGCUGGGCCCGUCUUCCCUCAGCUCUGCACAACUGCACCAAACAUCACCUACUCUAGAGGACUCAUACUCCAAACAACACUGUGUGCCGGGUAACUCGGAGGAAGCAUCUAUACCUCAGUCUCCUGUGAGACGGAUGCUGGGACUGCUCAGUGAACUGGCUGAAAACUCUGACUACAGUGAUGCCAUUACUACAAUGGCCAAGCAGCUUGAAAAGAUGCAGCACAACCCGGCCCAACUGAUCUCUGCAUUUUACUGUUUUGGUAAAGGGAUGUCUGUGUCAAAACGUGCAGCAGCAUUAAGACGAGCUGCUAGAAGACCAGGUCCUAUUAUUGGUUGUCAGCCAACAGCAGUGGCCCGAAGAACAAAUAAGACCGGUUCUAGGCGGCGUUUGACAGCUGGACGGCCCAGAAAAAGUAGUUCCGGUCCAGAGCAUGACUACAGCAGAUAUACAGGAAAAGGGGGGAAAAGGGCUGUCAGGGUUCGCCACAAAUUGUCAGAAUCUGUGGCAAUGAACUACUCGCAUCAAACUUAAAAUGGUACCAAUGUUUGUAUAGUGUGAGUGGGUUGGGUGUUUUUAAUUUGUUUGUCCUGAAUGUUUCAAAAUAUCAAUUAGUAGACAAGUUUAAGGGUUAGUUCACCCAAAAAUGAAAAUUCUGUCAUUAAUUACUCACCCUCAUGUUUUUCCAC